AUGUAUGGGCUGCUGGCUCUACACACCAAAACACAUCUGUCAAAGAGAAAGAAAAGUGAAGAGGCUACAGUCGUGGUUCUGAUCUCUAAUAUCGGAGACAUUUGGGGGUCAAUUGCUGUCUUUGAAAGGGAAUCUUCACUACUUGAGAAAGAGCAAGAGCUGCUUGUUGUUGAAGAAAAAAUAGCCAGCAAGGAAUCUGUCUUAGCCAAUCGAGAAGUUAUCCUGAGGAAAAGAAAAUCUGAUGUGGAAGGUGAGUUGGAAAGUAAGUGCAAAUUGGCGGAAAAUGAAAUCGAAAGCAAGAGACGGGUUUGGGAGCUAAGAGAGGUUGAUAUCAAGCAGAGGGAGGAUCUAGUUGGUGAAAAAGAACAUGACUUGGAAGUUCAAUCAAGGAAAUUGGCAGAGAAAGAAAAGAAUUUAACAGAGAGGUCUUAUAGGCUUGACGAGAAAGAGAAGCAUUUGAAUGCUACAGAGGAAGAUAUCAACCGUAAGACAAAUCUGCUGGAGAAUGAGAAGGAACGAUUAAGAAAGUUAGACUUAGAUCUGCAGCAGACUUUGGUUUCAUUAGAAGACAAGAGAAAACGUGUUGACUCUGCAACGGAAAAACUUGAAGCCCUAAAGAAUGAGACAAGCGAAUUAUUCAUUCUGGAGAUGAAACUCAAGGAGGAGCUAGAUGAUAUGAGGGGUCAAAAGCUUGAACUCCUGGCUGAAGCAGAUAGAAUAAAGGUGGAGAAAGCUAAAUUUGAAGCCGAGUGGAAACACAUUGACGUGAAAAGGGAAGAGUUAAGAAAAGAAGUGGAGUAUAUUACUCGUCAAAGAGAGGCUUUCUCGACGUAUCUCAAGGAGGAGCAAGACUGAUAUCUUGCAUAUUUACAUUGUUUUAUCCAUUCAUCCAUGAGCAUUUUCAUCAUAUAGAUUAGGAUUUAGACAUGUUUAGGUUGCAUUUUGCAUACAUGAGUCUCUAUUAGGUACUGGAGUACCACAUAAGGUUAUUUGGAGCUCAAAAGAGGUGAAAAGGUGACCAUUGGACGAACCGAGCAUGGGAGCGACCUCCCGGAGCGACAUCACGAAGUCGCUGUGUCCCACUUCUCAGAGCGACCUUCCUAAAGCGACGCCAUGAAGUCGCUCGCGUUCUCAUUACUCCGAACAGUCUUAGAUGACCCUGGAGCGACCUCUCAGAGCGACCUACCAAGGUCGCUCCCGAUCCAGAGCGACCCGUUGGAGCGACACACCAAAGUCGCUCGCGACCUCU